AUGGCCCCGACAAAUUCAUCAAUCCUAUCAGCAGACAUCCUAGAGUCUCAAUUGGCCACAAUCGACCUCAUAGCGGCCAUGUAUCCAUCUGCCGGGGAGCUGGAAAUCCCUGAAUCCACAGCAGAGUGCAUCGAAAAGCUUCGCGACUGGUGCCAGGACCCAACCUCCACACUAUCUAAGAUCCCUGAAAGCAUAUCUCUUACCGUCUGCCUACCAAUCGCAGAUGGAGACAAGACAAUACAAGUGAAUAUCUUGGUCCCAUUGCAUUCUGAGAGUCAACAGUCAAUCGACCAACCCCCACCACUGGGAUAUUCUCUUCGACAACCGGACUGGAUGUCCAAAGCGGAGGUGGCAGAACUUGCUGCCUCGAUGCCGAAGGAUGAUGCGCUAGAAGCGUUCGAAUACAUCCAAACGGAAUGCGCCCGCUUUCUCGAAACCAAGCAAAGCCAGGCUAUGGCUUCGGGGGCAACGAACACAGAUGCACGCUCCCGCGGUCCACUUGUAAGAGUGUGGUUCUACUUCCCAUCUCUAUCAACUCGCAAAAAGAGAGACGACAUGGUCAACCUCGCACCGGGCUAUUCUCUGACGGGCUUUGUGCUUGCAGGAAAACCGGGUGUACUCUGCCUAGAGGGUUUGUCACCGGAUAUUGAUGCUUAUAUGAGCUUCAUCAAGACACAUUCCUGGGGUGAUAUUCCAAGUCAUCAGAAGAAAGUCAGUGAGCGAUUUCGGGAAACGAAGAGCGUUCAAAGAGUAUUUCCAGGGAUGGAGGAAAUUACGGACUCGUUGGGUGAACGAGGUGGGCAGCGGGCUAAUCGGGGGGAUAUGCAAGCAUUGGAGGCAUGGUUGGGGAGUAAAGGGUUGCAAGAGGCGUUCGAAAAGGUCAUAUUCUAA